UUCCGUUGUUAGUUUAGUUUAACCAUCGCAGCGCUUGAGUCGCGAUUAGUAGUUGCUCAAGUGUACCCAGUUGCCAGGAUCUUCGCUCUGCCGUUUUUUUUUUUAACAGAUCGAGUCCAAAAUGAAGUUAUUUUUAUGUGCCAUUGCUGUGACCCUGUGUGUGGCGACAACCGUGUCCGCCGCCAACUUCGAGUGCCCGAAGCCCAAUGGCCAGUUCGCCGAUGAGGUGCAGUGCGAUAAGUUCUACGUCUGCGACGAUGGAGUGGCCAAGGCGAAGCUCUGUCCCGAUGGCCUCGUCUUCGAUCCCCUCAACCGCAAGUUCAACAAGUGCGACCAGCCCUUCAAUGUAGACUGCGAGGACCGCACGGAGCUCCAGGAGCCCAAGUCCAGCAAGUACUGCCCGCGCAAGAACGGCUUCUUCGCGCAUCCCGAUCCCGCCGUGUGCAACAUCUUCUACAACUGCAUCGAGGGCGACGCCCUGGAGACCAAGUGCACCGUGGGCCUGCACUUCGACGAAUACUCGGGCACCUGCGUGUGGCCGGAUACCGCGAAGCGUGAGGGCUGCAACCCGGAGCAGAGAACCUCCGAGACUGGAUUCGUGUGCCCCAAGGAUCAGCCGAAGACCGAUGACCGCGGCCAGGUGGUGACCCAUCCCAAGUACCCACAUCCCACCGACUGCCAGAAGUUCUACGUGUGCCUGAAUGGCGAGGAUCCCAGGGAUCUGGGCUGCCAGCUGGGCGAGGUCUACAACGAUGCCACCGAGAUGUGCGAUGCUCCCGAGAAUGUGCCCGGCUGCGAGGACUGGUACAAGGAUGUGGACGACAAAAAGGACUAAGCCACAAUGCGGUCGGCCCUCCUCAUCACAUCCACACUCACACUCAUGCACACACAAGCACACUGAGAGAAAAUCAAUCAAAUCAAAUCAAAUCCAAUCGAAACAAAACAAAACAAAACAACACACAGAUUCGCGUCUUAGUCACUUAAAUUUAGUAGUUCUAGCCCAUUUCCUAUAGAGCGUAUAGUGUAUGUGUAGCAGUUAAACUUCAAUACUCGGACUAUCUAUUUCUGAACUAUAUUUCCCUUUUCUCUGACUUUUCUAUAUCUACUUCUUAAUACUUUUCUAACUAUCCAAUCUCCACAUCCGUUCAUUUCUGUGCCCAACCGAACGCUGCCAAAUUGUUGUGUAUAUAUUUCACGCUUUCAGACUUUCGCCUUAUUAUUAUACAAAAAGAAUAAACUGAAUUUUUUAUAAACUA